CCUGGGGUCAAAACCCCCCUCCCCUGCCCACGCUGCUGUCUUGCAGAACGGAGAAUUUCUGGAUGUGUGGUACUUGGAGCCGCAGACAUGUCUGCUGUGCCCCAUACUUCAUGGCUGUGCUUGCCUGGAAGUGGCCAGUGUGUGACGGGAACAGCAUAGGGAUACCUCUUAAAGGUGUGAAAAUCAUGAAUAUCUUUGGGAAUACAACUACUGUUUUAUUCUACAACUUUUUUUCUUGUACACAAUAUGUUGAGAAGGGAGAGAGAGAAGCCAGUGAGAAGAAAUUUAAAAUGAGAUGAGUUGUUCCUUUGAAAAACACUUUGUUCCUGUAAAACUUUCUAAAGGGAGUAACUGGAAGGAACAUAGAACUGGAAAGUAAAACUGACAGCAGUGAACUGAUUCCAGGUUUCUUUUGGGGAAACGCCUUCUUCUCAUGUAAAAACCAUGUACAUGUUUUCAUACUUAUUGGUCCCAAGUAGGCGGUUAUUUGCAUGGAGAAGGACCCCUUUUGUCAUAGUCAUCUUAUAAUUUACUUUCCUCCAUCACUGGGUAAAACUAUUAAACCCAUAGUCAAUGAAGUGAUUUAAAUACAUGGUAGGCGUGUAUGAGGGAGUUCAAAAUUUCUUUUGUAAAAGGCAAGAGAUGAUGUGUAAUAGGAUUAAGAAUUUACUGCAUGAAAUAGAGCCUUGUUACACUUUAUUCUGUGAGGCGCACAAACGUUGAUCGGCGUUAGUACUAGUUUGGAAUUUGGAGCUGUUGCACCUUUAGUCUAGAAAACCUUCUCUGACUGUCCCCCACCUGCACAGCUGUGAGUUGCCACUAGAGGCCUGGUGAGCCAGGACAGGCUUCUAUCCCUGCUCUAUGGGCAGGGGUGUGAGGGAUCCUGGGAUACUGGAGGACUUCAGUUUGAGCGGCACAUCUGUGAGGAGUGGCUGUACUUUAAUGGAACAGGAGCUGGUAGUGCAGAUUAGAGAUAAUCCUGCCCUGCAGUGGUAUAACUUCAAACCCAGUAAUGAGUGCAUACCAUUUUAAGGUGUUAAUAUGCAGACAGCCCAGGGUUUAGGAGCUCUAGGAGCCACUCAAAAUUCCCAUAAUCCAUAGUCAGCAAGGAGUAAGGAACUCUGCUAAUAUAUUUAAUCAAACUGAUAUUGGGAACAAACCUCCUUUGGAUAGGGCAGAAUACGUGUUUAAUGAAGAAAGACAGGAUUUUUUUUUUCUUUUGGGUAAUUUGCCUAUUAGUAUUUCCUAAAAAAUGUAACUGCACUGGAAAAUGUGAUUAGGUUGCUUGACAUGCUAAGGUUCAAAGACUACAGAAAGUUUUGGAGACUUUAUACAUAAGGAGAGAAUGUUUCUUGAUUUCUUUCCCCCUUUGUCCAGAAGUCAUAAAUGUAGCUGACUGAAGCCUGCUAUUUUUAAUUUUACAUGCUUGAACUAGUGCAUAAAAUGAGCAGAUACAUUUUAUCAAAUUUCCUGGUAGUUCAGGACCCAGCAGAUCACCUGUUCUGACUUUCUUCAUUGCAGAGAAUUACAUUUCGUUCCGUUAUUCCUGGUUUAACCGAACAACCUAUUUGAUUAACACACAUUAUCUAGAAAGAUAUCUGACCUUGAUCUGAAGACUCAGAGAUAUGGCAAAUGCCGUGCUGCUCUGCAGUUGUUUUUCCCAAUCGUAAUUGUCUUGAGUUAAUUAUACUUUGGUCUCAGGGCUGAAAAGAAGGUUGGGAAGUUGUGGCCACAAAGGAGAAAGGUUUGGAAAAUCAAAUGAAGUGAAAUUUUAAUGUAUCACACGAGUGUCGCCUUAUCAGUUACUUUAUUGAUUGUAAUGAGUCCCAAAGGGCCUGAUUGAAAGGAGCAGUAUUAACAUGUGAUGCCCAGCAGGCAGUAGGUAAACCCAAAAACAUUGUUUAAUUCUAAAUUGGAGGAAAUGCUUUAACUGUACUAGCCAUGAAGCAUAUGUGAGUCAUUCUAGGUAAAUGAGAAAUGUAUAUGAGUGAGCCAACAAAGAAAGUGCAUUAUGUACUUCAGUAUACUUUGCAAAGGGCUUUGGUGUGUGUCUGCCUGAGAUACCGAUUGAUAUUUUGAAUCCAUGUACAUGUUCCCUAAAAUGUGAUCCAAAGAAAACUUGGGAUGGCCGAACUUGAAAUUGUAGUAGGCUUUCAACUCUGAUUUAAUUUGUUUUUCAUCAAAUCCCUUUCAGGGCAGCAGACAAAAAUGAGCAAAAGAGAUGAUGUGUUGUGGUGUAAUUAAGUUUCAUGGACACUGUGAACUUUUCAAAAGAAACGAGGGAGCAAGACAGAACAUUGGCGAAACUUAAAGAUGGGUUUUGUCCAGCUUAAGGGGAUGAAUGGUAUUUUUUUUGCCUUUAUCUAGCAGAGGUGGAACUUUCCAAAUGUCAAUAUGAAUGAAGGGGCCUGCCCUAUUUCAUGUCCAGUCCUCUGCAGUUCUCAUUAAGUUACGUUAUGUAGAACUAAACAGACAUAAUAGAUAGCAUACUAAUAGGCCAGUUCUUAAAUCAAGAAUGUCAGCAGCACACUCAUCUGUAAGCAAUUUUUAACAUUAGAACACAUUGGAUUCAAUCUUUUUCCAUAUUAAAGGGAUGAUGUUUUAUAAUUGAGGCAAGCUUAUAUUUUUCCAUAAAGUUCUGAUCUCCUGUUCAUUUAUAAAAGCACUAAAUAUCUAAAAUAAAGUAACUUCCAAGCUGAGAUGAACAUAAAACUAAAACCAAAAUGAUUCCUAAACCCUAGUGUCGGAACAGACCCAUGUACAGCUCUGUACUGCUUUCAUGAAGGUUUGCUGCCAUUUCUCUUACAAAUUGUUCUUCAGGGUAUUAUAACUCAGCUGGUCUUUAAACCCAUCACUCUGGAGCCAGGCUUACAAAAUGUCAGUGCAAGUGCAAAUUUUAUUUCUUUAACAAAAUAAGGGGCUUGGAGCAGUUGAGCUUUCUAAAAUUCUGUCAUAUUAAAUAUACUCUGCUCCUUUUGCUGUAGUAUACCAGUACUUGUGGUGUUUUUGUACCAGUAGGGAGACAAAAAACUAAAUCAAUUUAAUAGGAAACACGUAUCGUUUUGUACUUUGCUUUUCUUUCCGUAGGAGGAGCAGCUAUCUGGGCAUUACAACAUUGUUCCCAUUUUUGUCAGAUAGGCUCUUUUUUGGGUGAGAUGUUUCUUGUCUCUUUUGGGUUUUCCUUAAAAGGAAACUUCAGCAGUUGGUUGGUAAGACCACGGAUUGAGAAUCUGAUUAUGAAAAGAAUGUCUGUUGGGGUGGUUAGGGCUUUCCCCUAUAAUCUUGGGAUGCUACUCAGUGGAGUAGUAUUUCUGCCUCUGUGUGACGUAUCACUUUUCCUGGCUUCGAUUUCUUUCGCUCCCCCCUUCUUUGGCUGCUGAAAGCAGGCAAUGCCAGUCUUAUUAAUGUUUGCUCCUCUUUGCCUUUAUCUUUCAUUGGUUAGUGCCAUAGUACUUAUUCUAAGGAUGAUUGUCCGGUUGCCUAAAUCAGGUUGUGGUAACACUGGAGACACCGUUUCCAUGCAGUUGUUUUAGAAGACCAGGUGUGCCUUCUUGCUUUACUAUAUUAUUUUAACUGGCUUCUGGAAAGAUUUUCUUGUUAAUGUAUGGACAAAGUUGCAUGUUAAGUAGACCAUACUAAAUCUGUGAAAUGUUAAGUAGUGUUAAACUUAGACUGUGCUAUGAGCGGUUGCGUGUUGAGGGUUCAUACUGUUUCUUACCUGCACCGCUCUGACUUGCUACUACAGGGCUGGCAAGCAGAGGUGUGGCUAGGAGUGAGCUAGUUGUGGACUCUAUCCUCCUUUGGGUGGUGGAGAGGGUGUGGAGAGCGGUGCAUCCUGUGAUGAUGAAGGACUGCAAAUUGUUCACUUUAUCUCUCUGGAACAGCCUGAAGUUACCCUAGCAUGAGCUGGGUAGCAGAGCCCAGGGUUAACCUGAAGUUAAACCUGAAGCGGUGUAACUUUUCAGGUGCUCAGAGGGCAUUUAGCAUGAGUUGACAAGCUUUAAUAUGCCAGUGCUUAUGUUUUAAGUGCCCUUAGCAUGGCAUAAGUGUAACAUGUAAGUUUACCCUAUGCCUUGAAACUGGUACUUGAUUUUAAAACCCUCUCCUCCAUUACAUGCCUAAAACAAGAGAGGUUGGAAUGCAAAGCCCCAUGAGGAACAGCUGAGGGGACUAGGGAGAUGUGUAGUUUGGGGGAAAAGGGGAUGAAGGGGGAGAGAGGAUUGCAGUUUUCAAACAGUUGAAAUCCUAUCAUAAAGAAGAGUGAGAGAAAUUGUUCUUCCUUGUCACAGUGGGCAGGACAAUAAGGCAAUGGAUAUAAACUACACAUGAGGAGUGAGGGAUCAAAUUUCAGGAAAAAUCUUCCUAGCCAUAGAAGUGGAAGGACACUGGAAGAAGCUGCACUGAAGUUGUGGAAUCCUUUUUAUUUAAGGUUUUUUCAAGAAGAAAUUGGAUAGGCAUCUUUCUCUGGUAGUUUAAGAUGAAUCCUGCAUCUGUGCAGAAAGGGAGACUAGACCCUGGAGACUGCUUCCAACCUUACGUUUCAUCAAAAACUCCAGUGAUAGAAGUAGGCUGUUUUGCUAUUUUCCUGCAUCCCCAAAAGAGAUCCCCACAAAGUUUGCUAUUUUUUAUAUUGUCCAUGAUACGUAGAUUAACUGUGGCUUGUUUCUUGGGAUGUUACCUUUUGAGUCCUUGCUGGAUAUUAAGAUUGCUAUGGUUUUAGCAUGUUCAUAGUCCAACUCCUUUGUUAGCCUUUUGUGACCAUCUUAAUCCAGUGUUGUGGGACAGACGGGAUGUCUUUCUAUUGCUAAAAUAAUUUAUGAACCUUUGGACAAUUUAGCUGGGAGUUCUUCACUAGUUGUGUUUAGAGCUAGCUGCUUGAAGAGAAGAGGAUAGCAUGAAAGUAAUGAAGUGUAAUAUGUAUAACAUAAGAAUAACCUGUCCGCCAGGCUGGAUCCCAGUGCGUGUUACUGAUAUAACUGUCAUUUUACUUUAGCUCCUUAUUUACAAGGGUGUUUCAGAAAGUAAUAUCAGUUUUGAAAUAAAACCAUUUUGUGUGUAGUGAGUGGGGAAACCACACAGCAGCGGGGAACACUGAGGGUGCCAUUGUUUAAUGCACCCGUUGUUUACAAUGAUGUAGAAAAGUGAUGUGGUCCAGUAAAGGAUCAUUACACACAGCAUGGUCUUAUUUGGAAGUUGACUUUUACUUUCUGAAACACCCUCUUAAAUUGCCACGUUCAUUUGAGUCUUUGGGAAUCAUGGGACCCCUGCCAGUUGGUGAAUGAAAAGGUCCCCUGUAAAUUAUGACCCAGAGUCUUUGGGGAAUUGUAGUCGUAAUUGUAAGGGACCUCAAGGAUCAUCUGAUCCAGCCCCCUACAUGAAUGAAGCAUCCUCUGUCUUCAGCCGUUACAGAGCGAUACUUAUCCAGCCUCUUUUUGAAACCCUUGAGUGAAAGAGAUUGCAUUACUUCCCUGGGCACUUCCACUGUCCUGCUGUUUUAACAGUCAGAAAAUUUUCCUCAUAUUUAAUGUUAAAUCUGCCUUCCUGCAGUUUAAACCCAUUGCUUUAUGUCCUGCCCUCUGCUUGGGGCAUCCUUUUCCGUGGUUCCCAUAAAAGGCUAACUUUGUCGUGAUAUCCUGAAAGAAUAGAAUAGCCCGAAAGAAUAUCCUUGCACUUUGGCUUGGUGCUGUGGUGUUUCAGAGAGGGCCAUGUGCGCAUCGUUUUACACUUAUACAUCAUUGCUUAUGUAGUCAGUUGUUACACUAGUUAAUAGAAUCUUUCAGAGAUGUAUGUUCCAGUCUUUUUGAAAGCUUAUGGUGGCAUUGACUUAAAUCAGCUUAAAAAAAAUGUCAGGCUUCUUUGCUGAUGCUUUCUAUCUCUUGGUGGAAAUUCUGGCAAAUUUAUGUUGGUUGCAAAGAUGUUUUUCCCUCUCCUCUCCCCUCCAUAUAGUGGAUUUUUCUCAUUCUGCUGACAGUUGAUGUAGGAAGAGUGCAUGGAGUUCAGCCUAGUGUUUUCAAGGGAAAAUCCUGCUUGUGACUGUAAAUAAGUCUGUUUAUGUUGCAUUUCUUAGAAUUUCAGGAACUACACGUUGAUGCCAAAAUUAGUGAAACUUACUUCACUGGAGUAGAUGCAAACAGGAUCUCCAUAUGUCAAUGAUGAGCCUGAAUAUUUUCAUUUCCUUUUGCUUUCAGGAGAGGAAAUCCUGAGUAUUUUGCAUUUUUGUAUUGUUAAUCUGUUUUUGUGGGCCAAAUGUUGACAUUCGCAAUGAUAUCCAUGAGCUGAGGCGUCUUGAGAACUGCACGGUCGUUGAGGGUUUCCUGCAGAUCCUGCUCAUCUCCAAGGCAGACGACUACCGCAACUUCCGCUUCCCGAAGCUCACCAUGAUCACCGACUACUUGCUGCUGUUCCGUGUGGCAGGCUUGGAGAGCCUCAGCGAUCUCUUUCCCAACCUCACGGUCAUCCGUGGGAGGAACCUCUUCUACAACUAUGCCUUGGUUAUCUUUGAGAUGACAAACCUCAAAGAAAUUGGGCUUCACAACCUGAGGAACAUCACCCGAGGGGCCAUUCGGAUUGAGAAGAACUCUGACCUGUGCUACCUCUCCACGGUGGACUGGUCUCUGAUCCUAGACGCAGUGUCCAACAACUACAUCGUUGGGAAUAAGCCUCCAAAGGAGUGUGGGGACUUGUGUCCAGGGACGAUGGAAGAGAAACCAUUGUGUGAGAAGACAUCCAUUAACAAUGAGUACAACUAUCGCUGCUGGACCACCAACCACUGCCAGAAAAUGUGCCCCAGCUCUUGUGGCAAGCGAGCCUGCACAGACCAGAACGAAUGUUGCCACCCCGAGUGCUUGGGAAGCUGCACUGCGCCCGACAACAAUACGGCUUGCGUGGCCUGCCGCAAUUACUUCAGCAACGGAGUCUGUGUGCCCGUUUGCCCCCCCAACACCUACAAGUUCGAAGGCUGGCGCUGCGUCACCAAAGAAGAGUGUGCUGAAGUCCCUACCUCAGAGCUAAGUGAAUACGAGAGGUUUGUGAUCCACAAUGACGAGUGCAUGGCCGAGUGUCCCUCUGGAUUCAUACGCAAUGGGAGCCAAAGCAUGUUCUGCAGCCCUUGCGAAGGGCCUUGCCCAAAAAUCUGCGAGGAGGAGAAAACGAAGACCAUUGAUUCUGUCACAUCAGCGCAGAUGUUGCAGGGGUGCACUGUCCUCAAGGGGAAUCUGCUUAUUAACAUCCGCCGUGGGAAUAAUAUUGCUUCAGAGCUGGAGAAUUUCAUGGGCCUGAUUGAGACGGUCACUGGGUAUGUGAAGAUUCGCCAUUCGCAUGCACUGGUUUCCUUAUCUUUCCUAAAGAAUCUCCGGUAUAUUUUGGGAGAGGAACAGCUGGAUGGGAAUUACUCUUUCUAUGUUCUGGACAACCAGAAUUUGCAGCAGCUGUGGGACUGGAACCACCACAAUUUGACCAUCAAGGAAGGCAAAAUGUACUUUGCAUUUAAUCCCAAGCUGUGUGUUUCUGAAAUUUACCGCAUGGAGGAUGUGUCGGGAACCAAGGGGCGGCAGAGCAAAGGAGAUAUAAAUCCCAGGAACAAUGGUGAAAGAGCCUCUUGUGAAAGCCACAUUCUGCGCUUUGUCUCCAACACCACCCUGAAGAACCGCAUUAAGUUGACCUGGGAACGAUACCGCCCUCCAGAUUACAGAGACCUUAUUAGCUUCACUGUGUACUACAAAGAGGCACCGUUCAAGAAUGUGACAGAGUAUGAUGGGCAGGAUGCAUGCGGCUCAAACAGCUGGAACAUGGUGGAUGUCGACCUGCCCCCAAACAAAGAGAACAACCCUGGGAUUUUGCUGCAGGGACUGAAACCUUGGACUCAAUAUGCCAUUUAUGUCAAGGCUGUUACCCUCACAAUGAUGGAGAACCACCACAUUCACGGAGCCAAGAGCGAGAUUGUGUAUAUACGCACCAAUGCUGCAGUGCCGUCUAUCCCUCUGGAUGUUAUUUCCGCAUCCAACUCUUCUUCCCAACUCAUUGUGAAAUGGAAUCCACCCUCUCUCCCCAAUGGCAACCUGUCUUAUUAUAUUGUUCGAUGGCAACAACAGCCCCAGGACAGUUACCUUUACCGGCACAACUACUGCUCCAAAGAUAAAGUCCCUAUUCGGAGAUAUGCUGAUGGGACCAUUGAUACAGAAGAAGCUACUGAGCCCACCAAGCCAGAGGGCUGUGGGGGAGAGAAAGGACCUUGCUGUGCCUGUCCCAAGACAGAGGCAGAAAAACAAGCAGAGAAGGAGGAGGCAGAGUACCGGAAAGUCUUUGAGAACUUCCUGCAUAACUCCAUCUUUGUCCCCAGACCUGACCGGAAGCGCAGGGACGUGUUUCGAGUUGCAAAUGCUACUCUUGCCAGUAGGAACAGGAACACGACAGGGACUGAUCACUUUGCUAAUGCUUCUGAUGCGGAGGAGAGUGAAAUGGAGUACCCAUUCUAUGAGACCAAAGUGGAAGGCAAGGAGAGGACUGUGAUCUCCCACCUCCAGCCUUUUACUCUUUACCGGAUUGAUAUUCACAGCUGCAACCAUGAAGCGGAGACCCUUGGCUGCAGUGCUUCCAACUUUGUCUUUGCAAGAACCAUGCCUGCAGAAGGAGCAGAUAACAUUCCAGGAGCAGUAACGUGGGAAGUGAAAGAAGAAAACACCAUCUACCUGAAGUGGUCAGAACCAGCAACCCCGAAUGGGUUGAUACUCAUGUACGAAAUCAAAUAUGGGCAACAUGGAGAGGAGAAGCGGGAAUGUGUUUCUAGGCAGGAAUACAAGAAGCUUGGAGGAGCAAAACUAACCCAUCUGAACCCUGGAAACUUUUCUGCCAGGGUGCAGGCCACUUCUUUGGCUGGCAAUGGGUCCUGGACUGAGCCGGUGUCUUUCUACGUACAGCCCAAACCAGCAGAGUAUGGGAACUUCUUGCACUUGAUCAUUGCGCUCCCCAUAGCGGUUCUGCUGAUCAUUGGAGGGCUGAUGAUAAUGCUGUAUGUCUUUAACAAAAAGAGGAACAGUGACAGAUUGGGAAAUGGAGUGCUGUAUGCUUCUGUGAACCCCGAGUACUUCAGUGCUUCUGAUGUGUAUGUUCCUGAUGAGUGGGAAGUGCCUCGUGAGAAGAUCACCAUGUGCCGGGAGCUUGGGCAGGGCUCCUUUGGAAUGGUAUAUGAGGGGAUAGCAAAGGGCGUGGUGAAGGACGAGCCAGAAACUCGGGUGGCCAUCAAAACGGUCAACGAGUCUGCCAGCAUGCGGGAGCGGAUCGAGUUCCUAAACGAGGCCUCAGUGAUGAAGGAGUUCAACUGUCACCAUGUGGUACGGUUGCUUGGAGUUGUCUCUCAAGGCCAACCUACUCUGGUUAUUAUGGAACUGAUGACACGCGGGGAUCUCAAGAGCUACCUGAGGUCUCUGCGGCCAGACACUGAGAAUAACCCUGGCCAGGCGCCUCCAACUCUGAAGAAGAUGAUUCAGAUGGCAGGAGAGAUCGCAGACGGCAUGGCUUACCUCAACGCCAACAAAUUUGUUCACAGGGAUCUUGCUGCAAGAAAUUGCAUGGUGGCUGAAGACUUCACUGUGAAAAUUGGAGAUUUUGGCAUGACGAGAGAUAUAUAUGAGACAGAUUAUUAUCGGAAAGGAGGGAAAGGCUUGCUGCCGGUCCGCUGGAUGUCCCCGGAAUCACUGAAGGAUGGAGUCUUCACAACGCACUCUGAUGUCUGGUCCUUCGGUGUUGUCCUUUGGGAGAUUGCAACAUUAGCAGAGCAGCCGUACCAAGGCAUGUCCAACGAGCAAGUUCUCCGCUUCGUGAUGGAGGGAGGCCUGCUAGACAAACCAGACAACUGUCCUGAUAUGCUGUUUGAGUUGAUGCGCAUGUGCUGGCAGUACAACCCCAAAAUGAGGCCCUCCUUCCUGGAAAUCAUCGGUAGCAUUAAAGACGAGCUGGACCCAGCCUUCAAAGAGGUCUCCUUCUUCUACAGUGAAGAGAACAAGCCCCCUGACACGGAGGAGCUUGACCUGGAGACUGAAAACAUGGAGAGCAUUCCUUUAGACCCCUCCUCCACCCUCCAACCCACUGACAAGCACUCAGGACACAAAGCUGAGAAUGGCCCAGGCGUGGUGGUCCUGCGGGCCACCUUCGAGGAGAGACAGCCGUACGCACACAUGAACGGGGGACGCAAGAAUGAAAGGGCCUUGCCUUUGCCCCAGUCUUCGGCCUGCUGAUCCUUAGUACAAGAGUCUCUCGCCCACACACCCACCCACACGCACGCAAUUGAGGGAAGAAAGAAAGAAAAUUACAAUAUAUUCAAAAGCCUACUGUACCUCAGUGGAUCUUCAGAACUGCCAUAGCUGCACACAGGAGAAUCCUCUUUUCAGUCGACAUGUUCUAGUUUUUUCUUUUUUUCAAUAUGCAAGCAGAUGUUUGUUUCGGUAAUGGACUCCGCUCACGGGGCGCACAGUUGGCCUUUUAAAAAACGCUAAUGUUAACACUUCAUAGCAACAGAAAAUCUUGAGAUCCAAUGUCUCUCUUUUUCUUUCUCUCUCUCUCCCUCCUCAUCCACCCUCUUCUUUCUGUCUCUCUCUCUGUCUCUCUCUGCUUCAUAAUGGGAAACAUAUCUGCGUGCAAGUUCAACCUUACAACACAGGCUAGGUGCCUCCCCGGUAGCCCUCACAAACACCUGCCUAACACUGUAGGUCUUUAUAAAAACCGAAUUUAAAAGAAAAAAAAAAAGACUGGAUUUUUAAUGUUGCUCUUUAACCUUUUUAGGAACAUGUAAAAGAAUUAAAAAGGGCCAUCAUUCGUCCAAGGUUGUUACCAUUUUCAACGCUGCCAAAUUUUGCCAAAAAACUGAACUUUUAUUUGUUUUUUGUAGGCAUGGAAAGGAGCACAGUAACCAACUGCUCUAUUUAAAGGAAAUACUGACCAAUACACUCCAUUCAAUCAUACACUGGUAUUUAAAAAAAAAAAAAAAAUAAAAUUUUGGUAAAUUUUUUUUUUUUUUUUUUUUUUUUUUUUUUUUUUUUUUUUUUGAAACUGGACAAAAAACGAAUUUUUUUUCUCAUGAUGGAGAAGCUGGGGUGGGGUUUAGAAUCAGCCCUCCCCGCCACCCCUGCACCCAACACCCACCCUUACGAAUUCUGGACAAAACUGGCAGUGGUGAGCCAAACACACGCAUUUCGUGCAAAAAGUCAAUCGCACGCCAAAAAUCAAUACAGUAAACAGACGAACCGGAAGGGAUCUCUGUCGUGGCAGCCUGCCUUCCUUCGCAGGCUUGCAGGAAAGCGCACGUAGAAACACACAAAUUGGAGACGACAGAAAGCAGUAAGCGGAUUCAAGCAUCCGGCGCUUUGUUGCCCUUUUCUCUCUGUUAUUAAGACUUCUCGAAGGGUCUUGCAGUUCUAUGUUAGACCAUGGAUCAUUUGCAUACACAUUGUCUUUUGUGUCACUUUUAUAACUUUUUUACGGUUCAGAUACUCAUCUAUAUGUCUGUACAGAAAGAAGCUGCUAUUUUUUUUGUUCUUUAUCUUUGUGGAUUUAAUCUAUGAAAACCUUCAGGUCUGCCCUCCUUCCCUUCCCCCCCUCCCCCUUUUCCGACAAAUUUCUUAUGCUUUGUACUAUAGUGUGUAACUUUUACUUCCUCCUUCCCAGUAAUGGAUACCUUUCAUAUGAUUUGCCAUGAACUGUUUAAUGCCUUUUUAUAAACACAUUUCCUCCUUUUUUUUCCCAUUAGUUGUUUUCCAGCAUCUUGGCUGUGUGGGUUACAGGGCUCUUGAGGGAUCGGAGGAGAAGGGGGACGCAUGACUGGUAGCACUCCCGCGAUACUGUGUCGUGGUGGUUCUUUUUAAUUCCCCAGCCUCCUUCCUUCCCGCUAACCUCCACCCAAACAGCACUCGAGUCUGUUACAGUGCAAGGCAUGAUACAAACUCAGGUCAGAAAAAAAAAAAAGGUUAAAUAUUUAGUACAUUCUUGUUCAGUGUUCAUAAUCAUCAUUGUACAAGAGUCUCACCCCCUCCUUCCCUUGCCUUUUGUUUUGGUUGUGACACACACACAGAUACACGCACGCACACUCGCACAUUUUUUUAAUUGUUGGGUACAACAGUAGACACCAGGCUUUUGGGUCACUAUUUUCUAAAACCGAAUAUUUUAACCCUUCCAUCCCAUGAACAACAGCUAAAUUGGUUGCUGCUGAUGGUGCCAGGGUUUUCUGAGACUCUGGCCAUUUAAAAUGCCUUGACCCAGCAGCCCCCUAGCCACUCGCCUUCCCAAUAAGCAAACGUUCAGGGGCCGCGUUCUGGGCUAUACCUUGCUCGAGCUCUCCAAAUGCAAUGACAUGAAGUUCAGAUCAUGUGGGGGGAGGGCCAGCGUGCUCUCUAGUGGCUGGGGGCUGCCAAAUUUGCUAGCAAACGGAGAAAUGUUGGCAGCUACUGAAGUUUGUACGAGUACAAGCUCAUUGCUCAGACCAAACUCCACAAUGAGAGGGAGAUUUGCUUGCUCGAUCAGUUCCAGAAGCCUUGGUGAACUGUGGGACAGUGAUGGAGGGGGCCAUGAUGACGUCUAGAACCAAGGAGCCAUGCCCAUUACUCAUCUUAACUUUAGUUAUAGCAUGUAAACCCUUGUUUAGCACUGAUUCAACCAAAUGAUGGCAGUAGAGGUUGUCCUGGGAUGGAAAUGUUUAAAUUUUUUGAGUAAGAACAAGAAUUAAAAUAUACUGAUUGCUAGUUGUGACCGGAGGUUUAAAAAAAAAAUGUUUGUAGUGCAUUUUGCUUGUGUAGUUUUAGGUCCCGCUAUCUUCUCUUGCUUCUGUCCCAUAGUUAUUUUUCCCUUUAAAAAAAAAAAAAAUGAAAAAGACAAAAAAAAGUUUAAUUAAGAAGGUAUUCUAUGUAGGAUUUUUUAUUUAUUUUGUGAUAUCAGUUUAAAUCACUGUAGAGAUGCCCCAUAAUUAAAUUUAAAUACUGAGAUAAGGGUUUUUGAGUAUGACAGGGGGACAGUUUUUGAUUUUUUUCAAACAUUUAUCUACCUCACUCUUAUUUUUUUAUAUGUGUAUAUAUAUAAAAAAAAAUACAUCUCAUUUCUCAGCAGCCAAUAAACGCCGUUAAUACUGGUAACCUCUUACUCCACAAACCACACACUCUAGGUUUUGGAGAGGAGCAGUCACUACUUAUUGCAGAAGGUCACUUCAGAAGCUUUUUUUUUUUUUUCCUCCCCUCAAAUUAUUGUCCAUCGCUCCUGCCCCCCACUUGUUUUUGCUAGUAUUUUCUCCACUUGAAGAUGUAUUGAUUUGUAGGGGUGGGAGACACCCGAGAGGAGUCUGACUUCUGACGCCCAUUCUUUGAGGAAUCUCAGAAGCGACUGAAUGCAUUGUCACUGCAAUCAGAGUUCAUCAAAGUGUAAUACAUCAAGCUGAGCAGAGCCAUCACUGGCUGUGACGUGAGCUCUGAAUGAUCAGCUUCGUUACAGAAAGUAGCUAUUUACAAUAUUCGAAGGUCCAUGCUGGCUAGACCGAGGUAAAUGGCCUUUCUGUUAAUCCUAUCGAGUGGGCUAAGUCAUUGCUGCCAAUUUUUCUCAGAUGCCACAAGCACCAGAAGGGACAUCAGAGUGUUUCAUUGCCUAAAAAUAAAUUGGAGCCUUCUUCCUUGAUCAAUCCAACCGUGAAAAAUCUCUUGGGCUACCUGACAGUAAUACUAGACUGAGUUUACAACUUUGGAUCUUUUACGUUUGCUGCUGUUUUUUGGUGAGAACACUGAUUUCUCAAAACGUAGGCAAAAUCCAAAAUUUGACCGUGCCAGUAUAAAUGCAGUCCCUCUCCACGCACGUCGGCCCCGUGGGUGCUGAUGGACCAGCCAUCAAAUCGUAACUUCCCUCCGACCGUGUGCGACUGGUUUACAAGCAGCCUGCCAUCAACUUGAUGUAUAAUGUUUCUCUUUUUCUGAGUCUGGCAGCUGUUCAUGCAGGUGUUGGUUGUGGUAUCUGACUAAUGUGGUGCUUGGCUACUUUGAGAUGUGCAUGGCCUCUUGAGUAUACAGUGCUGCGGUUAAGUACUGCAGAGUUUGUCUUUGGAGGGAGCAUUUCCCUGUAACCCCAGAAAACCACCAGAAUUUCAGAUUCCCUGGGUUUUCUUUUGUUUUUGGAUUUUCUUAACUUCCCUGUGACCUUCUGGUCUAGUGACCGCUCCCCUCUCUUGCACAUACUGAUUUCCACAACUGGAGAUCCUCAGAUCUUUCAGCUGGCUAUGAGGGUUUUGUUAAAACUGUCCAAGUUAUUGGUUUUUAAUUGUACGUAGGUGGUUAAAAAAUUAGGAAAAAACAGUAACAAAGUAGUGCCCAUCAUAAAUAAACAUUUCAAAAGCACUUAAAUGAAAGGCAGUCACGUGACUACAAGUAUGCAUGUGUGAUGACAAAGUCAGCUCUCUUGGACCAAACCACCUUAUCUUAUACCAUUGUGUUCACAUUUCUAGGCUAAUUCCAUUUUUGGUUCCCACCGCUCUUUUCUUGUUGUUUUGUGUGUGUGCAUUCUGAAUAGCUUUAUCCACAAUGUUCUUCAUGUAGAGACCUCCCUUUGACAGUAAAUCACAUUGUCUAUGCAUGUGAACACCUGAAAAUUUAAUGUUGGCUUGAUAUAGAAAUAAAAUGGUUUUGCAAUGCUGUCUUUUCCUGAGAGACCACUGGCUAGCCUGGUAUGGAGAAUUUAUUUAGAACUUCAGCUGUGCUUGAAUACAUUUUUGUUAGUAACCCAAUUUGUGUUUAGAAUUGAAAACAACCCCCCCAAACCCGCCCAACCCCCCAAACAAGCAUUCUGACAAAGGGUACCAAGAUACUGUAAUACAACACGAUAACCAGUUGGCAUCACUAAGGGAGCAAGAAGCUUUGAUUUCAAGUACUUUGGCCAUUCUUCUCACCUGACUUUGUCAUUGUUAAACCUUUCCAGUGGUACAGAAGGUGGUUUGGUUGCAAAGGAAGGUGACUUGUGUAAAUACAGAAUUGUCACACGCUUGGUACUAGAUAUGACAUUCUUCUGUUGGGAUGAUAAACUAUACAUAGAAACCAAGUCCGAUGGAAAACUUGAGGCCAGCCUGUGUUUCCACCAAGCCUCUUUCUCGGUGUGACGCCUCUGUUCGGUAAAGCUGGUUUUAAGUGAUGUAUGACUCUAGAUUCGUUCGCACUGAUGCUCCUGUUGGUGUUUUAAAAAAACAAGUAGCCCAGUUUGCCCAGGAUGACUGGUCACCAGAUGGAACUGCUGUUGGGUCCUCUGGGAACUGCUGAGGGUUGUUUUAAUGCAAUCCAAGUCUAAAUGAACAAUACGCCUAUUGGUGGUAUAACUUCAUUCAUAUAUAUGAUGUAUUUUUUUUUUUAAAACCCCUUUUCAUUCCAUUAGUAAAAGUAAUGGUUUUUUUUUUUUUCUGUUACUGUUUUAUUUUGUUUGUCAUAGAUGUAUUUAAUCACUGGGCAAAGCAACAGCAGGGGAAGGUGCGAGAGAUCCACUCCUUAUUAACCAGUGAUAAAAGCCAGAUAUCACAACUCAGCUCCAAGUAGUUGGUGCAGAUCAGAGUUAUAAAGGAAGGACAAUAUGUAGGUUAAACACUAGCGACCAGAGGUGCUGAAGAUACAGAACUGUCACUAGACCAGAAGGCUUCAGCUGGUGCCUAAGCUCAGAAAACGGGUUGUUCUGAGACGAGGCACUUUUAAAUUACUCUGUGUGGAUUUAAGAGCACAACCAGGUCACUGAGAAUUUUAAGGGAUAAUGGCAAGAGAUGCUGAAAAACGAGGGUGGAAACUGCUAUGUACGAAGACACAGUGCUCGGGUUCCCUGAGCUUGGGAUGUGGGAUGACAUCAAUGCUCAGGCAUAACGGCUCCUAAUCAUUUGGUACUUGUAAAUAAACCUCUUGGCUUCCAUCUGCGGUGGUCGGUUCAUUAUCCAGAGGUUUACAGAUGUUGUCAUUGGUUGGUAUGAGUUGCAGUGUCUCAACUUUCCAUCAGUCUGUUUUGCAAGUACCACGUGACUAUCACUAGUUUGUGUGUGCGCGCGCAUGUGUGCAUCUUUUUUUGUAUGUGUUACGUUGAUUAGCAACCAUUAGCAUUUUCAAUAGGGCUUUUAAGUCCAGUAGAUUACGGGUAGUCAGUUGACAAAGAUCUGGUUUACAAGAACUAAUUAAAUGUUUCAUUGCAUUUUGUAAGUACAUAGAAUAAUUUUAUAAAAUGUUUGUAGUUUAUAAAUGCCUAAAAUAUAAUUUAAAGGCACUUUUCUGUGUGUGGGUGUGUCUGUCUGAUCAGUUUUUUGACAGUACCAGUUUCCUAGUUAGCUUUACAAUAUGCCAAAAAAGAUUGUUAAGUUUUUCAACUCACGGUUCAUCCCUUUUUUCUCAAGCUUUGUGUCCCAGUGUAUAGGAAAUGAAUAAAGAGGUUGGGGAAGUGUUCUGUAUCUUCAGUAUCCUGGUCUUCCAGAACCCUCUGGUUUGGGUGGGAUCAUCUUAACUGGUCAUUUCACUUUACUGUACAGUGCAGUUAACUUGAUGGAUUGCAAGAACCUCAUUGGUUAUGGAAACAGAAUAGGUAUUGCUGCUAAGCAGUCUUGGUUGUUGGUCAGGGCUUAUUUUAUGGUUGCCAGGUGGGUUAAAGAAUGUGACUGCGUAAAAAGCAUCACGAAAGGCAGUUUUCAUAAUUAUUAUUGAAUUUUUUAAAAGUAUGUUUACAGAUUUCUUAUAAUUUAAAAUGAUGGUUUUUUGUAUGCAACCUACACAGCGCAUAUAGAUACCUAACACCAUUAAAAGUCUUUUGAAACGAACAAGGAAGGUCCCUAUUUAUUUUUAUUUAAGAAUACUGAAGAUCCCAUUUUCCUUCUGAAUUAGAUUGAACGUUACACCUUCCACCCCACCUUCUGAAGGGUUAAUGAUGGUUUAGAUGCAUUUUAAGAAUCAACCUUCUGUUUUCUAAACCAGUGAGGUUUGAGAGGAAAGGAUUGGCCAGAGUUUGUCUACCUCUGGGACAAAAACAAAACUAGAAAGCGCAAUGGAACUGAUGCAGUUGCAAAUACAACAUUUUCCAAGUUUUCUUGUUUAAAAAAAAAAACAAAAAAAAAAUAAUUUUUUUUUAAAAAAGAGAAAAAAAAAUUAAAACAGUAAUAACAUGGCCAAUUUAUUACAUAAAAAGACUUGCUGUGUGUAAAUUAUUCCUAAAGAAAUUCCUGUGUUUAUAUAAAAUGAAUCAGUAGAUGAUAAAAUUUCAAAACGUUUUUGUAUAUUCUGUUGUAAGAAUUUAUUCCUGUUAUUGCGAUAUACUCUGGAUUCUUUACAUUAUGAAAAAAGAAACUUUGUCUAUUUUGAAUGGCUGAAGCUAAGGCUCCUUUAGUUUCUCUUACUCUGCUUUUUUCUAGUAGUUACAGUACUACAUGAUUUAAGUUAAAUAAAAGAAUUCUGUAUGCAUU